AUGGAAAUCUUUCGGAAGGCCAUCAUGGAUUGUUCUUUGAACUCCAACCUGACUCAAGGCCCUUUUUUUACCUGGUCCAAUAACAAAAGGGUUGGUGACUUCACAAAAGAAAAACUUGAUAGAGCCUUGGCAAACAACAACUGGCUACACUGCUUUAAUGAUUCUUGCUGUCAAGUUAUCCUAGCCAAGAAGUCAGACCACUCUCCCAUCCUCAUUCAUGUGGGAAAUAAAACUAGCCAAAGUCCCAGUAAAGCUCACCUCUUUAGAUUUGAAGCAGCUUGGAAUAUGAAGGAAGGGAUCUCUACCAUCAUUAAAGAGGCUUGGGGUAAAGUGGUUGUGGGUGGUGAUGCUGCAGCUACUAUGAACAAAAGACUAUUGAAUUGCUGUCUUGCUCUAAAAAAGUGGAAUGGGUCUAAUAUCAAUAAGGCCUCAGGUGACAUCAAAAAGAAGAUGAAGAAGCUGGAGGAACUGCAAGAGUCUAACCAAGGGGACCAAGUUGAUGCUAUCCUUCUUCUUCAAAAGGAGAUUGAACAAUCACUUGGUGAGGAAGAGCUAAAAUGGAAACAAAGGGCCAAACAACAUUGGUUGCAAAAUGGAGAUAGGAAUACUAAAUUCUAUCACUUGCAUGCCACUCAAAGAAGGAAAACUAAUAAAAUCUCUCAAGUGUUGGACCCCAAUAACAAUCUGGCGACUCAGAAGCAACAAAUUGGGAAAAUCUUUACCAAUCAUUUUUCUUCUUUAUUUACCUCUUCUAAACCUUAUGAUAUAGAAAGGUGCCUAGAAGAUAUACCCCAAAGGUCACCCCCAUGA